CCCAUGGGUCCUCUCAGCAGCAACCUGCCCCUGGAGACGUGGCUCAGCCCACCUGUGCCCAGCAGCACGGCCCUGCAGACCCUGCCUGGCUUCGUAGCCUCGCCACAGAGCCUGCCUGGCAGCUACACGCCACCACCCUUCCUGAACUCUCCGGCAGUGACCCAUGCGCUUCAGCCCCUGGGGGCCAUGGGGCCACCGCCACCUUACCAGUGCGGGGCCACCUUUGUGGACAAGUUCCCCUUGGACGAGGCAGACCCGCGCAACACCAGCAUUGCUGCCUUGCGGAUGAAGGCCAAGGAGCACAUCCAGUCCAUCGGCAAACCUUGGCAGACAAUCUGA